AAAAAGAAGAGAAGAAUCUUAUUUACUAAAAAUCAGACAGAUCAGUUAGAAAAACGAUUUAGACAGCAGAAAUAUCUAUCGGCACCUGAACGGGAACACUUAGCAAAUAUGAUAAAGUUGACUCCAACUCAAGUUAAAAUUUGGUUUCAGAAUCAUCGUUACAAAUGUAAGCGACAA